AUGGAACCUGAAUUUAAUAAAUUAAAUAUCUCAGACGAAGAUACUGUUACAAUAGACACCAAAAAUUGUUUGUAUUGUAAUAUACCUUUUACUGAAGAAUUAUGGUGUAAAGAAUGUAUUAAUUCUUUAGAAAAAUUAGCAGAAAAUAGUGAUAAAGAAGCAAUGUUUAAUUUGGCCAACUGUUAUAAGAAUGAAAAAACAACAGAAAAGAAUUUAGAAAAAGCCUUUCAUUGGUGUCAAAAAGCAGCAGAAAAAGGUCAUAUUGAUGCAAUGUUUAAUCUAGCCAAUCAAUAUUAUAAUGGAGAAGGAACAGAAAAGAAUUUAGAAAAAACCUUUCAUUUGUAUCAAAAAGCAGCAGAAAAAGAUCAUAUUGAUGCAAUGUAUG